UCAACUCAGGCCAUUUUUUGAUUACAUGGGCCUCUGUGGCUUCUUGCUUGUGGUGUUUCACUUAACAUUGUGCAUUUUUUUACCCCCUGUUCAUGUGGGCCAUAUUUUUAGACACUUGGCUGAAAGAUAUUUAGCUGACAGGUUCAAUCUGCCACGUAGAGUGGACCAUGAUACAGUAAGAUGGUGAAAUAUUUACCUCAGUAAGUAGGUGCUGCUAGUGAAAGGCUAAAAUUCAUGCACAGAAGGAACAAAACACCUCCUACAUUGUUCUCAAACGCAAUUGGAUGUUGAGUUUAGUUAGGCAGCAGUGCAAGAGAGGGCAAGACUCUGGAUUGCAGCACUGCUGAUCUUUUUCUCAUUUUUAUGCAAUAAUCUCUUCUUAGGUGGAACUUAUGCUGCUGUUUUUUGCCAUUUUUAGAGGUUUUUUUAGAUUUCCUUCAGGCAGUGAAAAACCAGUCAUGAAUGUGGUGCCUUGACAUUUGCAGGCUUAGAGACCAAGCAGCGUCAACCAGCUUAAAAGAGCAGUUGCCUCUGGAUAAGAUGGAUCACUGCAAUUCAAUAUGCACUCAAAGGUGGCGUGUGGUCAGUGGUCAGAUCUUUUCACGGAGAUGUGCUCACCUCUUGAUGUCAAAAGAUGGCUCCUGCUUUUAGCAUAAUAGAGUCAUAUGAUUUUCAUGCAAAGGGGUUUGGACUCACAAACUAAAAAGCAACUCGAUGAAGAGGAAAAGAAGAUAAUUAGUGACGAACACUGGUAUCUUGAUUUACCAGACCUAAAGGAGAAAGAGAGCUAUAUAAUAGAAGAGAGGAGCUUUAUGCCAUGUGAGGAUCUACUUUAUGGUAGAAUGUCCUUCAAAGGAUUCAAUCCGGAAAUUGAGAAAUUAAUGGUCCAAAUGAACUCUAAGAGCAAGAAAGAAGAAAUUGAAGAGGAUGAUAAAAUGGAGGCUGAUGUGUCUGAUGAAGAAAUGGCCAGAAGAUAUGAAACACUAGUGGGAACAAUAGGGAAGAAAUUCUUGAAAAAAAGAGACCAGCGUGUUCUCCAUGAUGAAGAUGAGGAAGAGAACAGUAAUACAAGACCUAAGAAAGCUAGGAAAAUGUUCUUAAAACCUCAGGAUUAAUGUCAGCUGCACAACUGGAGCUAAUAGAAGUGUUGUCUACCAAAUAUAGCCAAUAUGGCACCGAGAACUGAA